AACAAACCAGCAGACGUACAGUCGGAGUCUGACCAUGUUUAUAUAAUUUACGAUGCCAAAUAGAUCUUAGUUUGAAUUCUAAUACACUAGAUAGACUUUUGCCUUCAAAAUGGUCCAUAAAAAAGCGUCUGCUUGAGAAGACAAUCAUGUGUUUUGACUUUGUGAGAAGUUUCCUGAAGUUAGCUUAGCAUGCUAGUUGCAGAAGCCAAGGUUAGUUGAGACUCCCCUGCUCCGUCUACAUGUCGGCCAGACGAGCUCUGGUGAGCUGUGCUGUGCUGUGUGUUAAAGAUACCUGUGUGAUUUAUCCGUGCUGUAAGAGCUGCUUCUCCAGGAUCGAUGUGGAUCAGCGGGACACGACGAGAUGUCGAUGCUCCAGGUGUGGUUACAGUUGUCACAGGGAACUGGUCGAUUACAGGUACCGUCUCUCACUGAGGGUGACCCGGGACAGGUGCAUAUUUGGAGUCACAGUAUUCGGAAGCUGCUUAAACCCAUUCUUUGGUGUUCAUGCAGGUGGAUUACAGAGGUUGGUGGAAAACAAAGACGGACCAGUCGCACCGUCAGUCAAAGCUAAACUGCUGAUUAAUGCUGUCGAGGACUGUUUCAUAGGCAAACAUUUCAUCUUUGGUUUAAAGGUGAGUGGAACAGACAGUGGGCUAUGCUUUGGAGAGUCUGGCCUCAGUGAUGAAAGAGUCCAGUUUAUCGCCAGUCAGAUGAUUCUCCCCAAAGCUGCUGGCCUGGGAGGCUGCACAGUGCUCACUUAUUAUCAGCUCCUUCUUCAGAAAGCUGCAGAAUAUGAACCAGGCUCCAGUAAUGAUCCUGGUAAAACCUUCAGACCCCCAGAGACCCCCCUGCGUCUGAUUCCUUAUCGUUCUCCAGCCAGAAGCUUUAAUAAUGCCACAUUUUCUGCCUCAGGCCUUCUUUCAAUUUCACCACAAGGAUCCCAAGACUGCACCCUCACUCCAACCCCUCCAUGGCAACAAUCACUUGGCCUGGUUACUUCAUCAGCAGAGCAGGACGAAGGAAGCAUCAGCCAGGAUAAUGGAGACGAAAACAGCCGGCAGACAGAUGACAACAAAACAACACACGGUGUACCGAUCAGCUACCGGGAGAAAGAGACAGUGACAGAGGAGAGAAAUCUGUCACCUCCUCCUUUAGAGCACAGUCCUCGUUAUAGUCCAUCAUUUGCUAAUCACCCAUACACAUCUAUCGAGGAAGCUGUUGAAAAUGGCCCCCUUGCAAGUACUUGGUUCAGUCCCUCACAGCCCAGCCACAAACUGGAUUCAUCACCCUGCUCAAAGGCAAUGGGUUUUUCUACCACACAAUCCCCAAAAAUGUCUCAGUCCAGCUCUGUGGUGUGGGAGGAUCUGCCUUUCUCUGAGAGUUUUGGAGAGUUUUUGUGUGAGGAAUACAAACAUUUUGACAUGGAGCCACAUCCACAUGUGCAAACUCAGAGUGUAAUGGUGAAAAAUGACCCAGAAACAAGAUCACAACACAAGAACUUGUCAAUUCAAUCACAUUCUGUUCAUCAGAGUAGCACGCAAGUAACAGAGAGCCACUCAAGCUUGGGAGACAUAGAUGGUCUGUCUGAGCAGAUGUGCAAGAAGUAUGUUGUAUGUGUAAAUGAGAGUAAAGAUUUUAAUCAGGAAGACAAAGAGGCCAAUUCUCUGUCUUUUGAAACCAAAGAAGAGCAGCUUGAAGGAGAUACCUAUGAUUGUUCACUAGACCUGUUCAGUAGUUCACUCCCAAUCGAUGAGGACAUUAUGACAAUCAAUACUCAUGCUGAAACACCUGACAAACUGAGAAGUAGAAAAUCCUUCAGUAGUUUAAUUCCCACUGGUAUACAACACAUUGACUUUAUUCCUCCGGCUCAGUCCACCCCAGUUUUAAAAGUAAAUGAUACGUCAGGUUUGGAGAAAUUGAAGAGUAAAAAUUCAGGACUAAUCAGCUCACCUCUUUCUAAACUCAGUGCUAACCAGCUGUCCCACUUUGGAAGAGAGUCUACAAAAGAAAACUUGGUGUGGAGCAAAACACCCUUCAGAUGUACCCCAAAAGGAAGGUUCCGGAAACCAAUCAAACAAACUCCACGAUCCCAGAUCAUGGGGGUCCAAGCGGGGGCUCUGAACCUGCGGUCGCCAGUGAGGACGAGCCACAAGUGUGACUCGAGUGUCUGUGAUGUGACUGCGUGUGGUUGUGAGAACAGCGAAGUAAUGGUUCCUCCUACUCCUGUCAGUAAAACACCGCUGAAUGUAAAGCUCAGUAGAAGAAGCCAUAAUAGUGAUCUCAGCAGCAGCAGGUUGGGUUCUACUUGUCGAGUUAACUGUAAAAGAAAUCUGUUGGAAUUUCACCUGUCAUCUGUCACAGCGUCAGGGAAACAACUGGCACAAACGGGAAACUGUGGCACGAAAUCAGCUCGUGAGAGUAGACUGGAUGGAUCCGACCUCUGUGACGAUGAGAACCAGACAUGUGAUUGGUCUAGAGAUCUGUUCUCUGACUCGGCCUGAGAUGUUCUGUUGCAGAUUGGUUUAACCAAUGUUUUUUUUUUUUAAUGUAUUUAAUGCUCGCAACUUAAUUUAUGCAAGAUCUACUUUGUGUUUAAACAGCAAUAAUACGGUCACUGCUGCUACUAUUAGGAUAGGGGAAAUGCUUAUUUCUGAUAUGUGACAGUAUCUCUUAACUUAAACACAUUUUAUUGGUACUGAAACCUGGUAUUAAACAGGUUCUGGUUUUUAAUUAUUUAAGCUGGUGUAUGCAACAUACAACUAUUGCCAUUGAUCAAUUUUUCUAUAAUAUUAUUUCAGGAUAAUGAAAAUCCAUUGAUCCGAGAGAGAACUAGACUUUUGCACCUCCUCUAUUGUUGGUUACUGUAACUGAUCAGAACUGAAUAUUCCAAAAAACACAAACACAUGUAAUUCACUUCAACAGAAUUGUAUUUAUUUACAAUGUUUUAAAGAUUAUAUACAAUCAAAAGGUGAUAUUUGAUUCUUUUCAGAAUAACCAAUAUCAUUAAACAGACCCAAAGUAACUAUCCAACAAGACUGACUGGCUCAUACUAUAGUUUUAAUUUAGUUUUUGGGGGUGUUUGUGGGCUCCCUGGGAAGCAUUUUCCCCACACAUCCAUGUGCUCCUUAUUAUUUGGGUCCAGAACUUCUUUCCCUCAUUUCCACGAUCCUGAAGCCUUACACACCUUUGAUGUCCACAGAUCCUGCAGCAAACUAUGGAAUAUAAAUGCAUUAUAGCUGAUUCCAAAUAGUCCUCCCUUGUCCAUCUCUAUUUCUGCGAAGUGAAUCAGAGUGAUUGAAAUUUAAGGUUGAAACUGUUGAUAUAAGUAGGAAAAUCUCCUGAGACGUACAGAGGUCAGGCAUCCUAUGACAGUCAUCAGGGCAUCUGUUGCUGGAGUCACAGUAUUAUUUGUUUGUUGUUUACAGAUGUGGUGGCAUUUACAAGUGUCACAUGAUAUAUUACAGUGUUGUGUCAUGAUGGCACCCGUCUUUGACCAUAUUUACCAAUCCAUUCAUCAUACCAACGUAACUCCCCCUCUUAUAACUGGCUCAUGUCCACAGCUUAGCUGCAAUAGCUCUCAUGGUUUCCGUCAUUGCAAUGACUUUCACUGCUACACAUGGCAGGCGUCUGUGCGUCCCAAAUAUGUUAUGCAGAAAAAAAAACACAUGGUUUUAUGCAAGACGUCUGUUUAUGUUUAAACUCCUUAUCUCUUUAUACUGAUUAAGUGUGUAUGUUGUGUUCUAAAUCAAUUUUAACUUUGCUUUUUGUCCUCUUAAGUCGUCUGUAAAACCUGCUGUUAUGCAAGUCUUGACAGAUCUGGUAUUAUGUUGAUUGUUAGACAUCAGAUGUUCCUCUGUGCCAUGAUGACUGGUGCUCGCGAGCAUGGAUUGAUUGGAAUUUGAUGUAAUGUGAACAGCAUGAGUACAUUCUGUUACUGCACACGGUGGAACAGACAUCUCAAAUUCAGCCCGUGUAAAACUGGACACGUAAACCAAGGUCUGGCUGCCUGAAAACUGGAGCUGCAACUGUAUUAGAGUCUACAUGUGGCUAAGUGCUCAUCAACACUGGCAGUAUAGCUCAGAUGGAGCA